AACCACAUUAGUAGUCCAAAUUCUUCUUAUCAGAUUAACUUGUGAGCUCUGAUUCUGGAAUUUUUAUCUCUAACAUACUUUUUGGUCUUAAUUCUUGCUUUGCCCUCUGUUUUAAUAUGCAACUCUUAUUCAACUCAUUAUCAGGAUGGCGAUGUACUCGAUACCAAGUUCGGUGAAGAUUUUGCAAUAAAGGCCAAAAAAAUGUUAAUUAUGUGGAGUGAAACGAAAAAAGAAGAAAAGAAGGAAAGAAAGACACAGAAAUGUUCUAGACUUCAAUUUUCUACAUGCUAUUAUGCUUCAACUUACGUGUUCUACUGUUCUACAUUUGCAAUGUCAGCAGCAGACAAUCCUACAGCAUACGUCUCUAUAUUCGAGAUGACAGACAGGAUGACGAAUCACAAUAUACUAAUUUUCAAGUGAUGCAUUGAAUGGUCUCUUGAAAUUGGGGGCCUCAAGUGUGUACAUGCGGUAUGGUGUUACAAUGCAACCUUUAACAUAUCAUGGCCAUAUACAAAAUAAAGGUUAGUGUGUGAUAGUUGGUAAGGAAUACAUUGCCAAUGAGUAUUGGGGUUUAUUUUAUCUGUACUUUUGUGAUUGUUGUUGCAUUUGAUCAUUUUAGGCGCUUAUGGUGUUCUAUAUGACAGGACUUCGAUUUUCAGUGAACUUCUCAAGCUUAUGUGAUAGCUAGACUUGAUGGUGGGAUUCCAUUUCACUAAAUUCUUCAAUGAACAGAUUCUAACAAAAUGUUUAUCUGCACAACAAGUAUCUUUUCAUUCUCUUGUUACAUGUAUCACGUCCUCCAACUUUUUUUUGCUGAUUUGACCUUGAAAUUCUUUCUUAUAGGUAGACUUAGAAUUUUUGCGCUUCCACGAUUUGUUGUCUUCAUUUACCGUGAAAAUGGUCAAAAGAAAUAUUAGUAAGUACGUCCGCUUUUCUUAUAGAUUCAUGACGAAAUUAUACUGUUGAGGAUGUACAGGCUACUGAUAUAUAAAUAUAUUUUUCUUUGUUCUUGCAUUGUUAAGUUUCCGAUUUCACAUCAUUCACAGCUGUAAGCAGGGUAGUUGCAUGGAGAUUAGUCUUAGCCGGUCGGUUUCGCUUGCUUAACCAUUGGUGUGACUUUGUGGAGGUAGGCUAGAAUAAGCUGACAUAUAUGUUAUCUUUUGUGUGUGUUAAACAGUCUGAUUUUGAAUUAUUUUUUGUUCAUCUUGCUUCAAUGUUAAUUCAAGUUCAAACUUUAAAGCAUACAGUUAUGUCAUGGUAUUUCAUGUUCAUCAAGACAAAUAAACUUGUUUUCUUUUC